UAAACAGAAAGCACUUGUUUUCAUUCGCCUGCUUUUCUCAAACAAUUUUCCCAACAAAAUUCUCCUUUUUGAGGAUAUCAACAAUGUCGAGAUCACGGAUCUGCUUGGCCGUUGCCACUUUGGCGUUGUUAUUGGUCGCUUCGGCGUUUGCCGAUGACGUCGUUGUGCUGACCGAGGAGAAUUUCGAGAAAGAGGUCGGUAAAGAUCGCGGAGCUCUCGUCGAGUUCUAUGCUCCCUGGUGCGGGCACUGUAAAAAGCUGGCUCCCGAAUAUGAAAAGCUUGGUGCAAGUUUUAAGAAGGCAAAAUCUGUUUUGAUUGGCAAGGUUGAUUGUGAUGAGCAUAAGAGCCUUUGCAGCAAGUAUGGGGUUUCUGGAUAUCCCACCAUCAAGUGGUUCCCUGCGGGAUCCGUGGAGCCAAAGAAGUAUGAUGGUGCAAGAACUGCCGAAGCCCUUGCCGCAUAUGUGAACCUUGAAGGAGGGACAAAUGUCAAGAUAGUUGCACCUCCUUCAAAUGUUGUGGUUCUGACUUCAGACAACUUUGAUGAGAUUGUAAAUGAUGAGACAAAGAAUGUCCUAGUUGAGUUUUAUGCACCUUGGUGUGGUCAUUGCAAGAACCUUGCUCCUACCUAUGAAAAAGUUGCAACAGCAUUCAAGCUGGAGGAAGAUGUGGUCAUUGCAAACCUUGAUGCUGACCAGUACAAGGAUCUUGCAGAAAAGCAUGGUGUAAGUGGUUAUCCUACGUUGAAGUUCUUCCCAAAGAACAACAAGGCUGGUGAAGAUUAUGAUGGUGGCAGAGAUUUAGAUGAUUUUGUUACUUUCAUCAAUGAGAAGUGUGGAACUAACCGAGAUGCAAAUGGACAGCUGACUUCAAAGGCCGGUAUUCUUGAGGACCUUAAUAACUUAGUGAAGGAAUUUGUAACUGCAAAAAAUGAGGAGAAAAAAGCUGUUCUCAAGCGGUUGGUGGAAGAAGCUGACAAGCUGAAGGGUCCCAGUGCAAGAUACGGGAAGAUUUAUGUGAAAGCUGCUAAAAGCUGCAUUGAGAAAGGUUCUGAUUAUGCCGAGAAUGAAGUUCAGCGAUUGGAUCGCAUGCUUGCCAAGUCAAUCAGUGCCUCAAAGGCUGAUGAAUUCACACUGAAGAGGAAUAUCCUAUCAACCUUUGCUUCAGAUCAUUGAAGAAAUGCACAGCUACGACUGCUUCGGGUAUCUGCCUUCAAAAUUUUCCUGGGGAUUUUUCCUUGUCUGGAAAUAUGCAAAGCUUCUUCCUCCAAUUUACUUUCAUCUUACAAUUCUUGCAUCACCUAAAACUCGACCUGGAAGAGCAGGAGUGAUUAUUGUCGUUUACACCGGAUACCACCAAAAACCAAGAAAGCAUCACAAAUACUUGUUUCCACCCCUUAGCAAUAAUGCAAUAUCUAACAUAGGGAAUCUCUCUCGUAUAGAACUUUUGUUUUUGACAAGCGAUAGAGAAACAGCUGAGAGUUUAAUGUAGGAAAUUACCAGUUAUUUAAGCAGUCUGUUUUGUUCUUGCUUAGCAUCCUACAUAUAGAUGGAUAACUUAAUUUUAAGUAGUCUUGUGCACUUAUUUGCUGAGCACAAUCUGGUGAUCGAUUACGUGAAACUACUGUUUUCCAAGCUG